AUGACCAUUUCGAAGUACGGCUUUGGUAGCAAGCUCAAAGACCUGAGCUACGUUGAUAGCCUGCUUUGUAGACAGGUGGGCCGUACUGAAGGACAAUUUGAUGGCAGGAAGCUUUUCCAUCAUCUCUUCGUUGAGAUCCGCGUCGGAAACCAGAAGUGUGUUUUGGAGAGGACCAGCUUCAGUGGGCUUGGACCACUUGAAAAAGUCAUCCAAACAGAUAUCAACUGCCUCACGAUUUUUCUCGCUCUGAAUACCCUCAGAAAUGCACGAGAUAGAUCGCUGCGGGUAAAGGUCCGUCUGAAUAACCCUUGCGGACAUCAUGGUUGA